AAAGUGUUAAACUUUUGUAAUUGUUUGAGAAAAUGACUAGCAAUUGUUUCUACACUAAAUUAUUUGCAGUGUAUUAGAAUAGGCAUAUUACGUCAUUUCUAAUUGAUUGAUAGUCCAAUUUUUGACAGUUAUCUUUGGCAACAGCGUGACCUAUCCCUUGAUGUGAUGUUACUAGCCACUGCUGGUGUGUCACAUAACAGACAACCAACAAGUGUAGUAUCCACUAUUCACAUGAGAUAAUUUGAGUUAUUUCCAGUUAUUUUCUUAUUUGGCAGCUGAUUGGGAUAAGAAGUGCUUUGUGAUCGUUGUGUUCUGAACAGCUCUGAGAUCACAGCUCCCAUCAAAACAUGUUUCUGGAAAGGAGAAUUAGUUUAGGAGUUUAAAAGAUGAUUCAUAUUCUGGCCUAGUUGCUGAUUUUAUUAGUCAACUCUGUAAUGCCUUUAAAUGGCAAGAGCAGGGAAAAGUUUACAAGUUGAGCCCAGAUAAGGCUGAUUUCCACAAAAGCCUCUCUGUACAGAUGAGGCCAAUGUAUCAGACUGUAUAAAUGGCCAACGGUAGUGUUUAUGUGGGACUCUGUGAAUGUUUCUGAAUUAUAACAUGCCGCUUCUCUUCACUACAUUUAGGCCUAUUCAUUUUUUUGUUUUCUUUUUUGCUAAUUCUGGAGUCCGCCCAUGCAUUGCUUGCUCUGACACGACAUUGUGAAUCGAGCCUGCGAGUAAACCAGCAUCCCACUCUGAUUCAUGUGUUUCAUUAUAAUACUGUGAACUCAAUGGGAUACUUCAGAUUUCAGCUGAAUGCAGCAGUCAUUUUAUCACUCAACCCACUUUUUGCACUCGCUUUGUGGUUCAUGUGUAUUUUAGAUCUAUGCACAUAAUCAAAGACAGGAUUUUACCCAUAACACAUUAUUUUUUCAUCCUCACGCAGGUCAUGGAGACCAAGAAUAUGCUGUACCUUGUGACAGAAUACGCCAAGAACGGGGAAAUCUUUGAUUACCUAGCCAAGCAUGGACGGCUGAGCGAACCAGAGGCACGACGCAAGUUCUGGCAAAUUCUGUCUGCUGUUGAGUACUGCCACAAUCGAAACAUCGUUCACCGGGACUUGAAGGCGGAGAAUCUGCUGCUAGAUGGACACAUGAACAUCAAGAUUGCUGAUUUCGGCUUUGGAAAUUUCUUCCAGUCAGGAAAGCCCCUGGCCACAUGGUGCGGGAGUCCUCCAUAUGCAGCCCCGGAGGUGUUUGAGGGACAGCAGUAUGAAGGACCCCAGCUUGACAUCUGGAGUAUGGGGGUGGUUCUGUACGUGCUGGUGUGUGGCGCCCUGCCCUUCGAUGGCCCCUCUCUCCCCGUCCUGCGGCAGCGAGUUCUGGAGGGCCGUUUCCGUAUCCCUUACUUCAUGACAGAAGACUGUGAGCAUCUGAUCAGGCGGAUGUUGGUGUUAGACCCCUCCAAGCGUCUGUCUAUAGGACAAAUAAAGGAACACAAGUGGAUGGUGAUGGAGGUGCCUGUGCAGCGGCCGAUGUUAUAUCAGCAGACUGUAGAGGGGGAGGCUGGUGUGGGAGAAUACAGUGAACAGGUGCUCCGAUUGAUGCACAGCCUGGGCAUCGAUCAGCACAAAACCAUAGAGUCUCUUCAGAAUAAGAGUUAUAAUCAUUUUGCUGCUAUCUACUACUUGCUGGUUGAGAGGCUAAAGGCUCACCGCUGCAGUUUCCCAGUGGAGCCCCGACUCGAUGCCCGCCAGAGACGUCCCAGUACGAUUGCAGAGCAGACUGUGGUCAAGGCGAGCAGCGCUGCUCCUCAGGUGAGCCUCCUGCCUCAGAACAUACGCCUCCUGCGAUCCCCAGCUGUGCCUCAAGCCUCUGCAGACUCCUUCACGUUUCCACAGUCCUCCUGUGCUACAGAACACAGUCUUAUGGAGGAGGAGGUUGGGACUCCCAAAGUCAAUGGCUGCAUGCUGGACCCCCUGCCCCCUGUGGCUGUUCGCAAAUCCAGCGUCUCGUCCCCCAGCAACAUGAUGGAGACAUCUAUUGAUGAGGGCAUCGAGACGGAGGAGCUGGACACUGAGGAUGAUCAUACUCAUGUCUUCAAUGCCUAUCAGACGGCCCGCUUUGGUCAGCGCAGACACACGCUGUCUGAGGUCACCAACCAGCCAGGAAUCAUUACCAGUGGAGGUAAACUGUUCAGCGUGGGUCAUAACCCUUCUCUGGGUAGCGUGGACUCCGAGUACGACAUGGGCUCUAUGCACAGUGACCUCAGUCUCCUGGAGGACGCACCCUCUCUUAACGAGGUGGUCCUGGCUAACACACCAGUCACCCGCUUGACUCCGCCCUUCAUGAGCGCUCUGCCUGCUAACCCUGCCAUGCAGGCACUGGGCGCCCAGAGGAGAGAGACACACAACCGCUCUCCCAUCAGCUUCCGCGAGGGCCGCAGAGCAUCAGACACCUCACUCACACAAGGUUUGGUGGCCUUUAGACAGCACCUACAGAAUCUGGCACGGACCAAAGGUAUCCUGGAGCUAAAUAAGGUGUAUGAGCAGAUGGGCUCUGGAGAAACCCCUUCCCUGGGGCUACUGAGCCCUCAGGCCCAUCCACAUGACUUAUUGGAUCCUGCACUACAGGUCAGUUCUCGAGGGAAGCUAUUAGAAAUCACAGAUUUGAGCUAACCCAAUCAGUUUUGUAGCAACCCUUACAAUCAGGAAUGACUAAUGCAGAGGUUUUAAACUCAGUGCCGCCUGGAGGUCGGCAUAAAAAAAUGGUUAGAAUAAGUUAAAAUAGUAACUACAUAUGUUAUUAUGC